AGGAUGUGACGUUGCCGGAAGUCCUCGUGUUGUCUUCCGGGUGUUUUCACGUGGACCAGCGGGCAGAGAACCACCGAAGAUCCACGCGCUCCAAACGCCAACAUGACACAACUAGACAACGUGACGAGGCCCAAGUCUCAGCGCUCCAAGCGUUUCCUGGAGGGCCGGGCGCCGAAGAUAGCAGAGAACGUGAAGAACGCCAUGAUCAUGAAGGGAGGAAACACCAGCGAGACCAUCACCAACGCCCUCAAAGACCUGUAUGCUCUGAAGAAGCCCAACGCAGUCCUCUACAAAAAGAAGAACAUCACACGGCCUUUCGAAGACUCCACAUCGCUGGAGUUCUUCUCCAAGAAGACGGACUGCUCUCUCUUCGUCUUCGGGUCUCAUAACAAGAAGAGGCCAAACAACUUGAUAUUCGGGCGUCUGUUCGAUUUCCACGUGCUGGACAUGAUGGAGCUCGGCAUUGAGAAGUACACGGGCCUCAUGGACUUCAAGAACAGCAAGUGUCCCGAGGGGACCAAGCCCAUGCUGGUGUUCGCCGGCGACGCCUUCGACGUGGACCACGAGCUCCGGCGCCUCAAGAGCUUAUUCAUCGACUUCUUCAGAGGCAUGGCGGUACCGGCCGUGAGACUGGCUGGCCUGGAGCACAUCCUGCACAUCACAGCCCUGGAGGACAAGAUCUACCUGCGGAGCUACAGGUCUCUGCUGAAGAAGUCCGGCUGCCGCACGCCUCGCAUCGAGCUGGAGGAGAUCGGACCGGCGUUUGACUUUGUGGUGAGAAGGACCCACAUGGCGUCUGAAGACCUGUACAAGACGGCCCACCGGCAGCCCAAGGUUCUGAAGGCUGGUAAGAAGAAGAACAUCUCCCACGACGUCUUCGGCACCAAGUUCGGUCGUCUGCACAUGCAGAAGCAGGAUCUCGGCAAGCUGCAGACCCGCAAGAUGAAGGGACUGAGGAAGAGGAGGGGUCCUGUACCGGCAGAGGGCGAGGAGACAGAAGCUAAAGCCCCCAAAACAGAGAGUGCUGACCCUGACCCCGACCCUACCCAGUCCUAAAGCCUCCAGUACACAGUCAUGACCCUGACCCUGACCUAAAGCCUCCAGUACACAGUCAUGACCCUGACCCUGACCUAAAGCCUCCAGUACACAGUCAUGACCCUGACCUAAAGCCUCCAGUACACAGUCAUGACCCUGACCUAAAGCCUCCAGUACACAGUCAUGACCCUGACCCUACCCAGUCCUAAAGCCUCCAGUACACAGUCAUGACCCUGACCCUGACCUAAAGCCUCCAGUACACAGUCAUGACCCUGACCCUGACCUAAAGCCUCCAGUACACAGUCAUGACCCUGACCUAAAGCCUCCAGUACACAGUCAUGACCCUGACCCUCACCCUGACCUAAAGCCUCCAGUACACAGUCAUGACCCUGACACAACCUCAAGCCUCCCAUACAGAGUCCUGACAAUAACCCUCCCCGAGCUAAAGCCUCCCACAGAGUCCGAACCCGAGUAGCACCAUAUGAAUCCCCCAGAUGGUUGACUCUUUAGAUGAAGAGAUUGAUCGAUCACGUGUGUGUGUCAGGAUCGAUGGAUCGAUGAUUUUCUAUUCAUAUGUUGUUACUAUCUGUUUUCUGUAAUAAAUAUGUUGUAACUUCAUAAA